UGGGGGCGUGGCCUGAGCUCCGGAAGAGAGGGGCUGCCUGCGUGGAGCUUCCACUCUGGGAUUUGGAGAGAUCCAGAGCUGUCGAAAUGGGGCCAGGGAGGGCCCACGCCGCAGGCGCCCAGCUCUGUGAUCCUCCACCUGAGUCCCAAGAGGGUCCAAUGGAGGAGAAGCAGCCCCCCAAGGCCCCUCUGGCGUCCAGCAAGGGCUGCAGCCGCAUGAAGCGCCUGCUGGGUUUUGAAGCCGCUGACCUCUCAUCCUGGAGCCGCCUGGUCUGUCUCCUCAACCGGCCCACCGACCCAGCCGCCCUGGGGGUCUUCCGCUUCCUUUUCGGGCUGCUGAUGGCCCUGGACAUCCCCCAGGAACGGGGCCUGAGCUACCUGGACCACAAAUACCUGGACGGGCUUCCGGUCUGCCGCUUCCCCCUCUUCAACUUCCUGGAGCCACUUCCUCUGGAUUGGAUGUACCUGGUUUACACAGUCAUGCUGCUGGGGGCCCUGGGCAUCAUGCUGGGCUGCUUCUACCGGAUCAGCUGCCUCCUCUUCCUGCUGCCUUAUUGGUACGUCUUCCUCCUGGACAAGACCACCUGGAACAACCACUCCUACCUCUACGGCCUCAUCGGCUUCCAGUUCCUCUUCAUCAAUGCCAACCGCUACUGGUCUAUUGACGGUCUCAGGAACCCACGGAAGAGGAACGCGCAUGUGCCGCUGUGGAACUACACUCUGCUGCGCACACAAGUCUUCAUUGUCUACUUCAUUGCCGGCAUUAAGAAGCUGGACGCAGACUGGGUGGAGGGCUACUCCAUGGGCUCCCUGGCCAGGCAUUGGCUCUUCAGCCCCUUCAGGUUGGUGCUUUCAGAGGAGAUGACCAACCUGCUGGUGGUCCACGGUGGGGGCCUCGUUCUGGACCUAACAGCCGGCUUCCUACUCUUCCUGGACGCCACACGGCCCUUUGCCCUCUUCUUUGUCAGCUACUUCCACUGCAUGAACUCCCAGCUCUUCAGCAUCGGCAUGUUCUCCUACACGAUGCUGGCCACCAGCCCGCUCUUCUGCCACCCGGACUGGCCUCGCCGCCUGGAAGCCCGCCUCCCCUCCGCCCUGCAUGUCCUGCUGCCUCUUUCCCGGCCUCCGCAGCCCAGUCCUGAGUGCGUCUACAUAAAGGGCAAAGGCCCGCGGAGGAGGCCCGGGCUGCGGCAGAAGCUGGGCGCCGCCUUCACCCUCCUCUACAUCUUGGAGCAGCUCUUCCUGCCCUAUUCGCACUUCAUCACGCAGGGCUACAACAACUGGACGAACGGCCUGUAUGGCUACUCCUGGGACAUGAUGGUGCACUCGCGCUCCCAUCAACAUGUGAAGAUCACGUACCGUGAUGGACGCACCGGGGAGCUGGGAUACCUCAACCCUGGGGUUUUCACUCAGAGCCGACGCUGGAAGGACCAUGCGGAUAUGCUGAAGCAGUACGCCACUUGCCUCAGCGGCUUGCUGCAGAACUAUAACAUUUCCGAACCGGAGAUCUACUUCGACAUCUGGGUCUCCAUCAACGAUCGCUUCCAGCAAAGGCUCUUUGACCCCGGGACAGACAUUGUUCGGGCGGAGUGGUCCCCCUUCCAGAAGACCCCUUGGCUGAAGCCCCUCCUGGUGGACCUCUCUCCCUGGAGGACCAAGCUGCAGGAGAUCGAGGACUCACUGGACAACCAGACUGAGGUGGUCUUCAUUGCCGACUUCCCAGGCUUACAUUUGGAGAACUUUGUGAGCGAGGACCUGGGCAAUGCCAGCCUCCAGCUGCUGAAAGGAGAAGUCGUGGUGGAGAUGGUGAAGGAAGGGCAGAACCACACCUUGCGGGAAGGAGAUCGAAUCCAGCUGCCUCCAGGAGAAUACCACAAGGUCUUCACCGUCUCCUCGGAGCCCUCCUGCUACAUGUACAUCUAUGUCAACACCACCGAAGCUGCCUUGGAGCAGAACCUCACCCGCCUGCAAGAGCUGAAGGAGAAAGUGGAGAACGGGACCGAGACAGAGCCUCUCCCUCCGGAGCUGCAGCCCAUCCUUAGCGGAUCCUUGACAGACGGGACCCCCGCUGACCCCGUAGUUGAGGCCUUCCUCCGGCGGCAGCAGCGCAUCCAGGAGCUGCAGAAGCGUCGCAGCGCAGGCCUCGGGGAGCGCUUCCUCCGCUUCUCCGCCAAGAAGUACUUCGUCUUCCGCCGAAGCCUCCUGAUGACCGCCAUUUCCCUCCGCAACUUGGCCUGGGGCCGCCCUUCUCUGGAGCAGCUGGCCAAAGAGGUGGCUUAUGCUAACAUGCAAUUUGGGGAGGAGGACUCAACGUCCAGCAAAGUGGAGGAGACCCCCUCCAAAGGGCCUGAGCGCUCGGACCUCUGAGCAGUGACGGGCCUCGGACAUUGCUGCUUGCUAUUUCCACAAAGGACCAAAGGAGACGCGUCCAAGACUCCUGUGGCAGCUGGACGAUGCUGCGGCCAUCUUGGCCAGACCCUGGGAGGAGCAGGAUCAGAACCCAUUUUGUGAACUCUGUGCCUUUGGGGAGAUGGCGUUUAAAGGGAAGGGGAUGCCUUUGCGGCAAGUGGGUGGGAGGGAUGGUCAGGGCUCGGGCUAAAGCUGACAUUUUAUUCUUAGUGAGAGGUAAGAGUUUUUGGAGUUUUAUGGGUCCAUAGCCAGCGGGUGGGCUGUGAUCUAUAGCAUUUCUUUCUGAUGAGAGUUUCUCUUAGAAUUGAUUGGCCUCCUGCAGGGAUGCUUUCCUGGCCGAAAGUGAGGAAAUGGGGUCUUCAUCUGCAAAAGGUUUGGACGGUGGGACAGAACAGUCAGGCUUUAGCACAACUGGUUUGAGUCACCGCUUUGAGUCACCUGAGGGCUGAGAAAAGCGGUAUAGAAAUAAAGUAAAUAAAUAAAAUAACUGGUUAAUCACCAGCAGCAAUAGAUCUUUCCCAACUGAAAGGCUGGGAGUUCAAGUCCAGUUUGGGUUGAGCACCCGGCCUUCAGCCUAGCUUACUGUUUAGUUCAAAAACAGCUGCAGUCGUGAGUAGAGAAAUUAGGCACAGUUUACGCGAUGAGGUAUUUUGCAGCACCAUUAAAAAGCCAACGAUCAAAGAACAGGAGGAAAGUCUGUGAUCAAAAAGGCUUGUCAUCUUAGAUGGAACAAUAGCACCCCCUGUGGCUGGAAUCGAGCAUAACCUCCAGGACGCUGAAGUUGGAAAAAUGCUGAGAGAUAUACCUCUAUCUGUCUGUCUGUCCUGUAUGUCUAACGGCAUUGAAUGUUUGCCAUGUAUGUGUCACGAUGCCAGGGUUCUGCCAGGAAGCAGGCAGAGGUGAACCAAAGCAAACACCCAGCUUGUGUCAAAUUAAAGCAGCACUUACUGUCUGACUGUUUUCAUAGUCCAAAUAUAAAAUAUAAAGAUAUCACUCA